AUGUACAAGAACUUCAAGGCAGGGGCCAAGCUCAGCCUUGCUCACUUCAUCCGGGAGCACCCUGUCAAGAGGCUGGCCAAGACCGAGGUGAGGUAUUACUUGGAGAAAGGCCAGGUGGACGAUGAGCUGUUUGGCCGUGGGCAGUUGCGGAGAGCAGCCAUCUUCGACAAGGCCACGAAGCAAACUCGUCUGGAGAUUGUUGGCGAGAGUUCCUUAAAUUGGGAUGAACCACACAAGAUGUGGGACAACGACCGGCUGGCCACUG